AUGGCAGACUCCUUCACCCUGCCUUUGCGCCCCAUCCUCGAGAAGCGCGACCGUCCAGAUACCUUGCCGGUGGAGAUCGCGCAAAUCAACAACCAGUGGGGCUCGUUUCGUGAGGUGAACGAAGAAGUUCUGCACAAUAAGAUCGCCGAGGAGGAGAAAGAUGACGGCGGCGCAGCAGAGGAGAGUGACGAAGAUGCGACUGAACCUGACUCGACCGAGCGUUUAGAGCAAUUAUACAAGCGACGUGCGGAGAUCACUCAGUUCGCCAUGCAAGCUCACAUGGAGACAAUGUUCGCCCUCGAUUUUGUCUCUCUGCUACUAUCUAAGCAGACUCCGCGCCAGGCGGAGACUUCCAUGUCAGCCUUCCUCAAGCAAGUCGCACCGCUUGGUUCGCUCAAUGCAGAGGUCGUGAACCCUCCCCCGAAACCGGAAUCCACCACGCAAGAUAUCUCAAUAGUCUCAAGAGGAUGGCGGAUCCAAAAUUUCAAUGCCGCGGCAAACAAGCUCCUACAAGCCGCCUCCAGACUUGAAACCGAAGUUGCGUCGGAGACUCGAUACUGGAAUGAGGUGCUCGCUGUUAAGGACAAAGGAUGGAAGAUUUCCCGCCUUCCUCGUGAACGGCAAGCGCUUGGCGUGCAAUACGGGUUUCUUGAAGCCACCCCUGUUUUCCGCGACCGUGGUCUCGCAUCUUUACGCCGAGCUGAUGACGGGAGCUUGCGAUUGGAUGAAGGAUUGGUCCCCUCUAAAGCCCGUUUUGUCCGGGUCCGCGUGCUUCAGGAUGGUCAACUCUCAGGCUAUUCGAAACCGACACGUUCCACCCUGAAUGACGAUGGGAAGAUCGAGAGUCGUAUUCUGCGAGCGCGUGAUACUGUUUAUGAAGAGGAGCUUUUCUAUGAGCUAGUACGGGAAGCUAGAGCGAUCGCGAGUUUCGGCGUGACGACACGUCAGAACCUGAUAAAGAUCCCUGCUUCGACUGACAUCGAAAUCUUACUGGACUUGGUGGAUGCAGACGAAGACAACUCGCAACCCGAACACGAAAUCACGCAGCAAGGGACUUCUCUUGCAGAGGGCCUGGCCCAUACAAUCCGAAUUCUAUUGGCAUAUGCCCACCGUCAAAACUUGCGUCGCCGGACUCAGCUUCCACCGCCCCUGAUCCCGAAAGCGCGAUCUAUUCCCGAACAUCAACUUCUUCGACCUGCUCUAGCUUACAUUCAGCACAUGUACCAUGUAGACUGGCUGCAGUCCUUACUGAAGGAUCUUUUCGGUGUUUUGCGAUCGGCAGGCUUAGAACCCCCAGCGCACACCACAAAUGUCUCUUCUACCAAGGGACAGAAAAUCUCUGCUGCUUCAACAGUGGAAACGCUCGUUGAAAAAUUCCUUACUCCCUUGCAGUCUACAUUCAGUGGAAAACUUUUGACCGAUCGGGUGUCCUUCUCCAUUGUAAUUCGCACUAACCUUUCCUCACCACCCUUCGGCACCAGUUUUGAUGUGUCGUUCAAUAUGCCCCAGUACCUAGACCUGAAGUCGCCUGGUCACCUUUCUCAAAGAGAAGAAGUUGAAGCUGCCAUUGCCCAUCUCUUGCUGCUUGACAUUGUUUUCACCAUCGCACCUAGCAGACCACACAAGUCUGAGUGUGACAAAGAUACACAGGCAAAACCUAGAUGGGAAGCAGUGUACCCUCAACAUGGUGAGCUUUCGCUCUCCCCUUUCAAUGCAGGAAAAGGAAAAAAGAUGAAGAUUGUUCUGUCCCGUCGUGAGCUGUCCCUUGAGAUCUACACGGUGCGUUCCAUAGACGGCACGGGGCGUGGGAGAUGGGAGAAUGCGCAUCACAACACAACGCCCUUCACCUGGAGAUUAUCCCCUACUGCUGGAUCCUCCAACCGACCUUUGAUGGACGUCGUGUCCGGGGCGUCACGUUGA